AAUGGAAAAUACACAAUGUUGCUCCUUUACAAGAAGAACUGGAUACAAUUCCUUUACCACCAGAAGCAAAGGAAUUUGAGAAGAUGCCCAAAGCUCAGUGUACAACCUGCAAGAAAAUGGUUCCGCUUCAGAUUCUUCCAGGACACAUAAAGGAAUGCAAAAAACAACUUGUAGAUUUGUGCGAUUCUGCUGAAGAAGAAAGCUGCAAGGAAGAAGAUGAAGAUGAAUGCUCAGCUGCCCUUUGCUACGAGAAAAGCAAGACAGCUGAGUGUCCUGUGUGCAGAAAUGCAUUUCAUCCUGAAAUCAUUGAGUUCCAUGCAGCCAGUUGCGGAUUACGAACUUCAGAUGAUGAUGGCCAUGAGUCAAGUGAUCCAAUCAGUACCUUUCAAAGUUCUGAGGAUAUCUUGAAUUGGAUCGGUUCUCAAGUUGAUGAGACAAACACAUUUUCCAUCUGUGUGUCGCGAACUGAUCUCUACAACAGAGGCAUGCAACAGUGGCAACGGCAGAAGAAGACCUCACCCAAAUGUAGACUUAAGGUCACAUUCUUUGCCGAGGCAGGCAUUGAUACUGGUGCCCUUACCAAAGAAUUCCUCACAGAAAUGCUGGUAGAAAUAGAAAAAAGACUCUUUGUUGAAGGUCCAGAUAAGAAAGGGAAGAAUCCCAUUUACUGCCUUAACAGUUUGGACUGUAAUUACUUCAGGAGAAGUCAUGGCAGCUAG